AUGGGCUCAGAAGCCGCCCCCCACCAGCUCCGCAUCUUCUUCUUCCCCUACAUGGCCGCCGGCCACAUGAUCCCAAUGCUCGACAUGGCCAAGCUCUUUGCCGGCCGUGGUGUCGCCUCCACGAUCAUCACCACUCCGUCUAAUACUGCUCUUGUCACCUCCACCAUCCGACGCGCCAACUCCAAUUCCAUCUCCCUCCUCUGCCUCCCUCUCCCUCCUGCAGCCCACACAGGCCUCCCCGACGGCUGGGAUGCCUCCGCUUCGAUCGGCCACCUCGACUUCCAAAGCGUCCACCACGCCGUCGCCCUUCUGCGCCGCCCCAUCCACCACCUUCUUGCCGACCACCAGCCGGACUGCCUCAUCUCUGACAUGUUCCUCCCAUGGACCACCGACAUCGCCCAUGAGCUUGGCAUCCCACGCCUCAUCUUCCAUGGCAUGGGUUUCUUCUCUCUCUGUGUACUGCACCACCUCGAGCACUGCAGGCCUCAAGACAACGUUGCUAGCGAUGAUAAGCCAUUCAUCGUGCCCGGCCUACCGCACCCGAUCGAAAUGACACGGUCGCACCUCCCUGCACCACUCAAAUCCAACACCGACUUCAACAGGCUCUUGGAGGAGAUGCACGAGGCCGAGGCCGAGAGCUAUGGCGUGGUAGUCAACAGCUGCUACGAAAUGGAGCCCCAGUAUGCGGAGCAUUACACCAAAAUCAUUGGAAAGAAGGCAUGGUGUGUGGGACCGGUCUCCUUGUGCGACAAAAGUGCCACCUAUACGGUGGAGAGAGUAGGGGAGAAAGCUUCGGUAGACCACGGUGGCUGUUUGGCUUGGCUGGACUCCAAGAAGCCCCGCUCGGUCCUUUAUGUUUGCUUUGGUAGCCUUAUCCAAUUUACUGCGGCUCAGCUUGGGGAAAUUGCACUGGGCCUCCAGGCCUCCGGGCGUGCAUUCGUUUGGGUGGUGAGGGCAGAAGGUGCGGAGGCGGUGGAGCGGCUGUCCGAGGGAUUCGAGGAGAGGAGCGAGGGGAGGGGCAUGAUCAUAAGAGGAUGGGCACCGCAGGUACUGAUACUGAACCACGAGGCGGUGGGAGGCUUUCUGACACACUGUGGAUGGAACUCGGUGCUCGAAGGGGUGAGCGCCGGUGUGCCGAUGGUCACAUGGCCGAUAUUUGCUGAUCAGUCGUUCAACGAGAAACUGGUGGUGGAUGUGUUGGAGAUCGGGGUCCGAGUCGGAGCGAGGAUUGCAGGAGAAGGGGAGGAAAUGGUGGUGAAGAGUGAGAAGAUUGAUAGAGCGGUGGAUUGGGUGAUGGGGAGUGGAGAGGAGGCGGACGGGAGGAGGACCAGAGCGAGGAGGUUGGGGGAGGUAGCAAGGCGAGCCGUGGAGGAAGGGGGUUCAUCUUACAAGGACGUGGGUAGGCUAAUGGAGGAGUUGAUGCUGGCACCCGAGCGGGUGAGAGAGUGA